AUGUUCUCCCCCUCCAUCUACACCGUCAGCGUCUUCCAGCUCGGCCUCACCUCGGCCCUCAGCGCCUACGGCCUCUUCCUCUCCUACCAAAACAUAACGCGCCUACAGCAGUAUGAAAAGCAGAGCGAGAAGGCUGCAGAAUGGUCAAACACCGCGGCACAGAGAUUGCAUAAGACAAGGUCGACGCAGACGAGUGGGACUGUAACACUCCUCCUCAGCCUCCUAACCUCCGUCGCCCUCCUCACCAUCCCCACCCUCUCCUCCCCAAAACUGUUCAUCGGGGCCGGAGCAGCAAACGCAGCAGCCACAUACCUCGCUCGAGUCCACAUGUCAAAUUUCUGGAACGACAAGAACCAGACGAAAAUUCCCUUUGUGGAGAAGUUCAACGAAGCGAUACGAGGGAGCGAGCUCGUCGUCUUGCUACUGGGUACACUGAGUCUAGGCUGGGCAGCAGCAGGAGGCGUGUGGGCGGGCAUGGCGAACGGCGGAAGCGGGAUAUUGGGACUGGGUGUUUGGGGGCUGGUUGUGGGGGGGAGGGUCAUGUCGAUUGCGCCGCAGAUGGGAUGGACGGGUAGUACUCAAAGCUAG